AUGGGGGAUUCGAGUGACUCAGUCUCCAUUGACAUUGAUAUGGUACCUUUAGGAGGGAAGGAAUGUGUGGUGAACACAAGCAAAGGUUCAGUCUCUGUGCUUGUUUGUGGGGAUCAAGGAAAGCCUGCUUUGAUAACAUACCCUGACGUUGCUCUCAAUUACAUGUCCUGUUUCCAAGGCCUCCUCUUUUGCUCAGAUGCUGCUUCUUUGCUGCUUCACAACUUUUGCAUUUACCACAUUGAUGCACCUGGCCAUGAGUUGGGAGCUGAUGUGAUUUCUUCAGAUGUCCCCUUGCUUAGCGUGGAUGACCUUGCAGACCAGGUGGUCGAAGUGCUUGAUUUCUUUGGGUUGAAAGAAGUCAUGUGCUUGGGUGUAACAGCUGGUGCUUAUAUCCUUACACUCUUUGCAAUGAAGUAUAAAGAACGAGUGCUUGGGUUGGUACUCGUGUCUCCUAUCUGCAAAGUACCUUCAUGGACUGAAUGGCUUUACAACAAGGUAUUGUUGAACUUGCUAUACUUCUAUGGUAUGUGUGAUGUAGUGAAGGAAUGCCUUCUGCAGCGUUACUUCAGCGAGGAGCUUAGGUCUAGCAUGCAUGUUGCAGAAUCAGAUAUUAUACAAGCUUGCCGAAGGUUACUGGAUGAAAGGCAAAGUUCAAAUGUCAUGCGAUUCCUUCAAGCAAUUAAUGAGAGGCAUGACCUUACAGAGGGCUUGAAGAAUUUGCAGUGUAAGACGCUUAUUUUUGUGGGUGACAGUAGUCCAUUCCAUGCUGAAUCUGUGUAUAUGAAUGCCAAAAUGAACAGAAGAAGCUGUGCUCUUGUUGAGGUUCAGGCAUGUGGCUCACUGGUAACAGAAGAGCACCCAUACGCCAUGAUAACUCCGAUUGAGUUCUUCCUCAGGGGUUUUGGCUACUACAGACAACCGCAUUUUAAUUCCUCAUCAAGUAAUGACUCCAAUCCCACCAGCCCCUCGAACCAAUCAUGCAUAGCGCCAGAACUUCUUUCUCCUGAGAGUCUAGGAAUCAAGCUCAAACCCAUCAAAACCCGGAAGAAGGGGAUUGGAAAGCUUUACAUGUAUAUGGCUGCAUCAGAUAGUAGGAAAUUCUUUGAAUGUAGUGGUGGGGAGGAUAGGUUCGGAAGUUUCAAGACAAUUCCAUUGUAUUGCAUGCUGCCAAUGUCACAACAGAAGAAGGGGAUUGGAAAGCUUUGCAUGUAUAUGGCUGCAUCAGAUAGUGGGAAAUUCUUUGAAUGUAGUGGUGGGGAGGAUAGGUUCGGAGUAUAA